AAAUUAUAAAAGGGAGAGAGAAAUAGUUUUAGAGAGAGAAAAACAGUAGAUUAGAUAACUUCUGGUGAAUUUUUCUUCCUUGGUUAGUGAGAAUUUUAGGUGAAAAAAGUGAAGAAAGAAGAAAAAAAAAUAUGUCUAACCCAUGGUGGACUGGAAAUAUAGCAAUGAAUCCAAUGGUUUCAUCAAGGAGUAACCCAGAAGAAGAAGAAAAAAUCGGAUCAAACCGACUCCACUCUGGAAGAGAGCAAGAGUUUAUGAAUACGACAAUUGAACCUAUCAUCACCACUACCAUCACGACCACCAAUAGUAGCGAAAACCCAAACGAAAUGAGUCAUGAAGGAGAUGAGAAUAUACAGAGUUCGAAAGGUCUUUUCUCCUCUGGACCGUCCAGUUCGAAUAGAGCUGGACGGCGUAGACCCAGAGGAAGACCUAUGGGCUCAAAAAACAAGCCCAAACCACCAAUAGUGAUAACUAAGGAAACCCCAAAUUCCCUUAAGAGUCACGUUUUGGAAAUUAAAACCGGAAGCGACAUAAUCGAAAGCAUAGCCGCUUUCGCGAAUCGCUGCGGCCGUGGCGUAUCUGUUUUGAGCGGCAGUGGCAUAGUAACGAACGUUACGUUGCGCCAGCCGGCCGCGGUAACCGCGGCCGGAGGCGUAAUCACGCUUCAUGGGAGGUUCGAGAUUUUAUCACUUUCCGGCGCGUUUUUACCCGCACCGAAUUCCCCAGUUGGAUCUCCAACUGGGUUAACAGUGUACUUGGCAGGAAGCCAAGGACAAGUUGUUGGAGGAAAUGUUGUAGGUGAAUUAAUUGCAUCAGGACCCGUUAUGGUUAUUGCUGCAUCUUUUACAAAUGCAACAUUUGAAAGGUUACCAUUAGUGGAGAAUGAUGGAGAAGAAGAAGAGAAUAAUGUAAAUGAAGGGAUGCAAAUGCAAUUACCUACAACUUCAGGGGUUGGUAAUGUAAAUUCUGAUAGUUUGCAAGUUGAUGAUCCAUCUCCUACUACUUCUAUGUCUAUGUACAAUUUACCCACUAAUGUUUUGCCUAAUGACCAAAUGCACCAUGAAGUUUUUUGGGCUCAUCCUCCUCCUCCUCCUUCAAGGCCUACUCCAUAUAAUUAGUUAGUUGAAACUUUUAGUAGAUUAUUACAAUGCUGUUAACUUUUUGUGACCCUAUUUGUAUCUCUUGUGAAUCUUUUCCUUUUAAUUAGGUUUUAGGUUAUGUUUGUAACUUUGUAUCCCUAGAAGUUUUAUCAAUUUGGUUUGUUCUCUAAGCUACUCUCUUUUUUGUAGAAAUUGUUGAAUUUUCCUUGAUGUAGGUAAGACAAUCUUGUCUAGACAUGGGAGAACAAUCAGAUACAUUUAUCUUGUGUGA